GACCUACAAGGUCCCACUCAGCAAGGAUAGUUGAGCACAGCGGAGCACGGCAGCCCUCUCUCUGGACACUAUGGGACUCACUCAGGACCCCCACUUCAAAAAGCUGCAGGAAUGGUACACAGCCCAUGCCCAGGCGCUGAACCUCAGGCACAUGUUUGAGUCUGACAAGGAAAGGUUCCACAAGCUCAGCCUCAACCUGAAGACUGACGAUGGAGACAUUCUGUUGGAUUUCUCCAAGAAUCUCCUCACAGAGGAAGUCAUGAAAAUGUUGGUUGAGCUGGCCAAGUCGAGAGGCGUCGAAGCUGCCAGAGAAAAGAUGUUCACUGGCCAGAAGAUCAACUUCACUGAGGGCCGUGCUGUGCUCCAUGUGGCUCUGAGGAACCGCUCCAACACUCCCAUCAUGGUCGAUGGCAAGGAUGUGAUGCCAGACGUCAACAAGGUUUUGGAGAAGAUGAAGGGUUUCUGUCAUAGGGUUCGCAGUGGGGAGUGGAAGGGCUACACAGGGAAGGCCAUCACAGAUGUCGUCAAUGUCGGAAUUGGCGGAUCAGACCUUGGUCCCCUGAUGGUGACGGAGGCCCUGAAGCCGUACUCCAAGGGUGGACCUCAUGUGUCGUUUGUGUCCAACAUUGAUGGGACUCACAUCGCCAAAACGCUGGCGGGGCUGAACGCAGAGACAACCCUGUUUAUCAUCGCAUCCAAGACAUUUACCACUCAAGAAACCAUUACCAAUGCUGAGUCAGCCAAGGCCUGGUUCCUGGAGCACGCCAAAGAUAAAGCUGCUGUCGCCAAACACUUUGUGGCUCUCUCCACAAAUGGACCCAAAGUGAAGGACUUCGGCAUCGACACGGAGAACAUGUUUGAGUUCUGGGAUUGGGUUGGUGGUCGUUUCUCCUUGUGGUCUGCGAUAGGAAUGUCUAUCGCCUUGCACAUCGGCUUCGAGAACUUUGAGAAGCUGCUGUCAGGGGCUCACUGGAUGGACAAACACUUCCACACCGCCCCUCUGGAUAAAAACGCCCCAGUUCUGCUCGCCCUGCUGGGCAUCUGGUACAUCAACUUUUUCCACGCUGAGACCCACACGAUGCUGCCCUACGACCAGUACAUGCACCGCUUCACCGCCUACUUCCAACAGGGUGACAUGGAGUCCAAUGGAAAGUACAUCACCAACCACGGAGCACGAGUGAACUACCACACCGGGCCAAUCGUGUGGGGGGAGCCUGGAACCAACGGGCAGCACGCCUUCUACCAGCUCAUCCACCAAGGAACACGAAUGGUGCCAGCUGACUUCCUGAUCCCAGCUCAGUCGCAGCACCCCAUCAGGGAGAGCCUGCACCACAAGAUCCUGAUCGCCAACUUUCUGGCCCAGACGGAAGCCAUGAUGAGGGGUAAGACUACAGAGGAGGCCAAGAAGGAGCUGGAGGCCAGUGGCCUGAGCGGAGAGGCCCUGGAGAAAAUCCUGCCACAUAAGGUAUUCCCGGGAAACCGACCAACCAACUCAAUCAUCUUCAAGAAACUGACACCAUUCACUCUCGGAGCGCUUAUAGCAAUGUACGAGCACAAGAUCUUUGUCCAGGGUGUCAUGUGGGACAUCAACAGCUUCGACCAGUGGGGAGUCGAACUUGGCAAACAGCUCGCGAAGAAGAUCGAGCCUGAACUCAAGGACGCCACAGAGGUCCACUCCCACGACUCGUCCACUAAUGGGCUAAUCAACUUCCUCAAGAAGAAUUUUGCCUGAGUUGAAACGGCCACAGUACCUUCCACUUUACUGCACAUCAUUAUCCGUCUCAUCAGCUCCAGAUCUGCCUGGACAGGAGUCUCACAGAGGCAGCUGGUCACUCCCACGCAGCCGAGCUGAAACCACGUCCUCUCAUUAAUAAUGCUGUUGUCUUUUCUAUGUUUAUUCACUCACAACCGUGAGAGGAAAAGCAUUUUUUUGUAUUAGUCUGCUGAGCCAGGCAGGGAAAGGCAUGCUGUCACUUCUGUCUCCACUCUUAUAGAGCACUCUGCUUUUGAAAUAAAUAUCUUCACUCAA